CUCGGCUGCCUUCGAAAGCGCACGUCGGAUCGUUCCGCUAUGCAAGAAAAAUAAUCCCGUACACAAAACUCGCGUCCGGCGCGGUUAUUAAUCAACCACAAUAGCAAUAAGCCAUAUUUCGAAAUUCGUCAAUCCUUUUCUGAGACCUUCAAUCUACUUCAAUGCCGGCUGAAGUUUUUUCGAUUGUGACACGGUUAACUUAAAUAUGCGUUUACAUAUGUUUUGGUGAUUUAAUUUGCUUGGAAAUAUUGUUUUUAUAUUCAAGAUGUAUGCGAAGAAGGUUUUUGGUUUAUUUUCUUCAGUGCUUCUGUCGAUACUUGUUCUAACCGGGGGGUCAGAAGAUGGCAGUCGGGUGAAGCGAGUCCGUGCAGAUAGUAGUGCGGUGGCUCGUGAACCAGCACAGGCUUUGGACGCCCCUGAUCCAGAACAAGGUGCAGCUCCUGCUCCUCCAGCGUUUCUUAGCCCCUCUGUAAAGGAAUAUCUUGAACUGGGAAUGGCUAUACCCGGAAAGCCAGGCACAGAUUACCCAGUUCUUGGUGCGGUGCCAUAUACAAACUUUUACUGCGAUGACCAGCCUUAUCCAGGCUUCUUCGCGGAUAUGGAGACACGUUGUCAAGCAUGGCACUACUGUGACAUCGAUGGUCGUCAGGCCUCAUUCCUCUGCCCCAACGGAACCGUAUUUUCGCAGGGAGUAGCAUCCUGCGACUGGUGGUUCAAUGUGCGGUGUGCAUUAUCACCCGCCCUCUACCGGCUAAACGCGCGGUUGUACCGUCGCAAGAAGCAAACCAGGCCGAAACCACAUCGCCUCAUAGACAAGAAACUUAUUUCAGAAAUAUUUUUGUAAAUAUUUUCUAGUUACUUUGUUAAUUGCCAUGAGUUGCCAGGUAUUAUAUAAGUUCUUCAGGGUAGUCUAUCAGUAAAAUUUUACACAUUUCAUAUGUAAAAAAUACUAUAAUGUAGCUAUUAAUGUUAUAGUGUAAAUUCUGUUACAUAUACACCGUGAUACAUGAGACUGUCCGAGCAUGGUUAAAUAUAAUCGUCCUUUAAGUAAGUAGAGGAUUUUGUACAAAUAAUUGUG